UCAUUCAGUCCCAUUGAAGGAGAAAGAAGCACGCACAGGAAAUAGUGCAGCAGAAGAGAGAAAUGGCGAAUAAGGCCCUGGGACCCACGGGAGAGUUCUUCAGGAGAAGGGACGAGUGGAGAAAGCACCCGAUGCUGACGAAUCAGCUCCGCCACGCCACUCCCGGCCUCGGCAUUGCCCUCGUUGCCUUUGGCAUCUACCUCAUCGGCGAACAAGUGUACGACAGGCUCCACGCUCCUUCCUCUUCUCACCACAACCACUCUGCUCCAUCAACUUCCCCUGCUUCACACUGAAGUUGAUCUUGCAGAUGAACUAUUGGUGAAAGGAAGGAAGCUUGGGCCUUGUAUUUCAGCAUUCCACUUUUAAUUUGGUGUUAAAUAAAAAAACAUUUUAAACAUUAAGCUCAAAGCGUGCAAUGAUUAUUUUGUUUCUAUUUAGGAAUAUGGUAACUUCGCUAGAAGCUACUAUAUGGGAUUAUAAAUAAUUCUCUUUAUAUUCUAUUAACUAUCCAUACAUUUGAUGGCUGAAUUAAUGUUUUUUUCUUUCCA